UUUGCGUUCUCACUGAUUUUUUGUAGCAUUUGAUGAAGCCAUUGUCGAUGAUGUUUAUGAUUACUGGCUGGCGAAACGAGAAAAGAGCACGACGGUCCGGUCACUUCAGCUCGGUGUAGGAGGUUUAAUACCCCGCGUUCGCACUGAAUGCCGAAAAGACCAGCAGGGUGGAGUAAAUCCGUACGUGGCGUUCAGAAGACGUGCUGAGAAGAUGCAAACAAGGAAGAAUAGAAAGAAUGAUGAAGAUUCGUACGAGAAGGUACUCAAACUUGGACACGAUUUACGCAAAACCGUUACACUGUUCGACAUGGUUAAGCGACGGGAGAAAACAAAAAUAGCAUUGAUAGAUCUUGAUUCCGAAAUUCUCGCACAUCGGAUGGGAUUGCUAGAUUUUGGCUCUAAUAUCUACAAUCAAUUCGUGGCCAAAAUUAGGGAAUCGGGAAAGCACGUUUCGACGGGUACCACUAACGGCGUUGCUAAAUCAGAGGAUGAUGCUAUUCUGCGAAAGAAAGCAAAACGAAGGAAAAUUAGAACAAUGGCUGCUAAUGUUGACCGUGAGGUUCCUAGUAAGGCAUGGUUGAAAAAGAAUGCGGAGGUAUGGAAUCGACCGCCUUCAGUUUUUGCCCCAUCUGGGAUUUCGCCUGUUGCCGAAGUGGAUCAGUCUGCACAGGCCAUAUGUGAUGCAAAUCUCGAUGGAAAGUAUGUAUUCAAGCGGAGACGAGGAUGCAUGUAUCGCAGCCCACUUUCCAACAACAACAUUAUGGAAGAGCAUAUCGAGGCGAAGGUCAUUCCAAAAAAGCAACAUCUGUACGAAACUUAUCUCCCUCGUCAAGAUGGUACAAUCCGUCGGUUUGGAUUGGCAAGGCGAAGGCUGGGAAGAGGAGGACGAGUGGUUUUCGACCGUUUUCAACCCAAUGAUGCCCCUCGUGUACCUAAUCCAUGUGAUCCAUUCCUGGACAACUUCCUCCAAGAUAGUUCAGUGUCUUUCCGCGCACGGCUCCGUCCUUUAAUUGAAACUGAUGCACAUAGAAGAACAUUUCUCAACUGGGAUAGAGCUGUGGAAGAGGAUUGUGAACAGCGAUGGUUAACAAGUGGCCAUUGUUCAAGUAGCAAUGAUUGUCCCUCACAGGAUAGUCCCGCCUCAGAUAGUCAACCCGCACUUGCAGCAAGAAUGUCGUCCAAUCCACCUUCCGCCACCCAGUCGGGAAACGGAUUGGCGGGCAGAGUGGACCCAUGCACCCUCACGUCGACCAAGGUUAGAGACAAAUCUUGA